AUGGUAACUCGGGACAGAGGGAAUCUCAUUAAUCCAUUCAUGCGCGAACCCAAUCGCACCACGGGGCAAUGGACCAGCGCAAAGGGAGCCACACCGCCACUCAGCACACAUGUCGGUAGAUGUCGCCACGCCGCCAUUCAAUGCAACCCACCACAGAGGCCUCAGUGGAGUGGUCCAGCAACACAAAGCCCCCUUCCCACUCACAGCGCACACACACACAAUGACAGUCUCUCAUGCUCAUAUCAGAGAGGCACUGCCGCAUUCCCUAAAAUGUACACGGAGCCACACACCUACAGAGAGGAAAAGAAAAACACAAGAAAAGAAAAACAACAACAGGAUACCAACAGCACACAAGGUACUCACAAUACAAUAAUCACAGGUGCCACUCUCAUCAGAGAAGCAUCCACACACACCAGCACAUCAACCCAACCCCCAAAAAUAAAACACAGACCCAUUACGUGA